AUGAAAGGUUCAGCUGCUGUCGCUCUUUCUCUUGUCUCCUAUGCUGCUGCGGCAGCCUCACCACUCGUCUGGCCCUCAAGAUGGGACGAGGCCGAGGAUUACAUGAACAUGUUGGGAGGUUACGGCAAAGUUGGUUUCUCUGAUGCCAUCAUCACCUGCGGCUUCGGUAACAACCAGCAAGGACGACAGAACUCGGCCGAAUGGAUCCGAACAGCUUUCCACGACGCCGUGACACACGACGCCAAGGCCGGAACUGGCGGUGUCGAUGCGAGUAUCUUCUGGGAGACAAAGCGACCCGAGAACCCCGGAAAGGCUUUCGAGAACACCUUCGGCUUCUUCAGCGGUUUCCAUACCCCCAAGACCUCAGCUUCAGAUCUCGUCGCCCUUGGCACCGUUGUCGCUACCGGCCUAUGUGGAGGACCCAAGGUUCCCUUCCGAGCCGGACGAGUUGAUGCCUACAAGGCUGGCCCCUCUGGUGUGCCCGAGCCUUCCACCAACAUGAAAGAUACCUUUGCGGCUUUCACAAAGGCCGGUUUCACCAAGGAGGACAUGACCGCCAUGGUUGCUUGUGGACACGCUAUUGGCGGUGUUCACAGCGAGGAUUUCCCCGAUGUUACCGGUAUCAAGGCUGAUCCCAACAACGACACUUCUGUUCCUUUCCAGAAGGACGUUUCACAAUUCCACAACGGCAUUGUUACCGAGUUCCUGGCUGGCACGUCCAAGAACCCUCUGGUUGUCGCCAAGAACGAUACCCUGAACAGCGACAAGAGAAUCUUCAACAACGACCGCGCUACCAUGAAGAAGCUGUCUACAAAAGCUGGCUUCAACUCCAUGUGCUCAUCUGUCUUCGCCCGCAUGAUCGACACCGUCCCCAAGACCGUCACCCUGUCCGAUGUCAUCACUUAUUACGAUGUCAAGCCUUACGUCAACAACUUGUAUCUCGACAACAAGGGCAAGAUGCAUUUCACUGGAUCAGUUCGAUUCGCGCUCGACAACGGCCGCAAGGCAGACGACAUUUCCGUCAAGCUGGUCUACGCCGACAGGAGUGGCAAGGUCAAGACCACUGUGCCCAUGACACUCGGCAAUUGGCAAGGCGGACUCACCACUGGACUCACCACCAGCUUCGUCAACUUCGAGUUCGACACUACCAUUGAUGCGACAAAGGGCAUCAGCAAGUUCUGGAUCCAGGAGACCACCCCUUCAACCAAGACGACCAAGACCCACGACAAUCAGAAGACGGGUGGCUACAAGAUUGACGACACCGUCCUCUACCAGCAGCCCAACUCAUUCUUUGAUAGCGAUAAGCUUGCCAGCGGCCCUGCCCCUGUGACGGUCAGCGCCAUGGUCCGCGACAGCCGCGCCAAGGAGACCCUGAACCUGAAGUUCACCCGCAGAGUGGCUAUCAAGGGAGUCGAUGUGCCCAAAUUUCAAACCGAGGUGCUUCAGUUCAAGCCCACUGGAAAGAAGUCGAAUGGCUUCACUGCUUACCAGGUUAAGACCACCACCACGGAUCAGAACUCUAGCUUCGAUAUUGUUCUGAGUGGCAAGCCUUCCGCUGGCGUUGAGUACAAGAACAUCAACGCCAUGCCUCGAAGCUAA